AUGGACACAGAGCUUCAGCAUGGAGCAAAAAGACCGCAAAGGAAGCUGGCGCGCACCACCGUGCAGAGGCUCCUGCGCUGGGGGCUGCCCGCCUCCUGGAACCGCUUCCUGGAGCGCCAGCCCGGGCAAUUUCCCUUCACUGCGGUCCUGCUGGGGGCAGGCACCGGGGGGCUCCUGACCCUAGGUCUCUUUCAGCUCCUGGUGAACCCCAUGAACAUCCAGGAGGAGCAGAAGAUGGCAGCCUUGUACGGCGCUGCGGGCCUGGGGGCCCUAGGCUGGGGGACCUCACCCCACAUCCGCUGUGCUACUCUCCUGCUGGUCCCCAAGAUGCUGGGCAAAGAGGGCCGACUCUUUGUGCUGGGAUAUGCCUUGGCUGCCAUCUAUGAGGGGCCUGUAGCCAACCUGCGCCACAACCUCAACGAGGUGAUCGCGUCCCUGGGCUGCACGGUGGAGCUGCAGGUCAACCACACGCGGGCGGCCUGGCGCGUGGCCACCACCCCUCUACGGACCGUCUUCAAGGACCUGCUGAGCAGCAAAGACACCCUGAAAUCUGAGGCCUGGAACAUCUCCAAGUCCUUCAUGGACCUGGACGCCCAGGUCAGCAGUGAGCAGGGCUACGUCUCCGAGGCCGGCACAGCCCCCGAGACGCCAGCCCGCCUCCCGCGGGCCCCCCGCGUCCACCUCUCCACCCAGAAGAUGUACGAGCUGAAGACCAGGCUGCGCUGCUCCUAUGUGGUGGACAAGGCCAUCCUCAGCUGCCGCCUCUGGUUCGACCAGAAGCACGAGCGCUGCCUGCAGCGCAUCUGGGUCCCACUCCUGAGACACCUCCUCUGCCUGCCCAUGAAGUUCAAGUUCUUCUGCAACAUCGCCAAGGCCAUGGAGGUUUGGUGCCGCAGUCGGAUCCCCGUGGAAGGCAACUUCGGGCAGAACUACGACUCCCUCAACCAGUCUGUCCAGGGGCUCGGGCAGGAGUUCUCAGCCAGCAUCGAGCUCAGGGAAGAGAAGCAGGCCGUGCUGGUGGGCAUGGGCACGGGCUGGCAGCAUGUGAGCGCCGAGGUGCAGGACUACGUGAGGCGCCGGGAGGCCCAGCUGGAGGGGUCCUUGGCGCUGCUGCGGCUGCUGCUCUCCUGCUCCUUCCUGCUGCUCCUGCACGCGUGCUUCUCCUACACCGACAGCUAUAACAAAGACAUCCGCUUCGACAACAUCUACAUCAGCACCUACUUCUGUCAGAUCGAUGCACGCAGGAAGAAGCUGGGCCGAACAUCUCUGCUGCCGCUCCGCAAAGCAGAGAGGAAAGCCGUCAUCUUCCCCUUCCAGCCCACCAUUCAGGCCUCGGAGAUGAGGAAUGUGGCGCGGGAGCUCCUGGAGACGCUGCCUGUGCUGCUGCUGCUGCUGCUGGUGUGCGGCCUGGACUGGGCGCUCUUCGCCAUCUUCGACACCAUCCGCCACUACUCCUUCCUGCAGUACUCCUUCCACAGCAGUCAUAAAUUAGAGGUGAACGUGGAGGGAGACUCCAUGCUCGCCCGACUUCUCCGGAAAACCAUCGGGGCCCUGAACACGUCCUCGGAAACGGUGGUGGAAUCGAACAAUCUGCCCUGCCUGCCCCAGACGGUGAGCCUGAGCACCGGUGCCUACGUGAGGACCGUGCUCCCGGUCGCCCUGCUCGCGAGCCUCUGCCUGCUCCAGGCUUUUGCCUACCGGCUGCGGAGGGUCAUCGCCGCCUUCUACUUCCCCAAGCGAGAGAAGCGGCGGGUGCUGUUCCUCUACAACGACCUGCUGAGGAAGCGGGCGGCCUUCACCCGGCUGCGGAGGGCCGCCGUCCUGCGGCGCGCGCGGCAGCAGAGCGCCCCCCGCCGCCGCCUGGCCGACUGGUUGCACCGCCGCUGUCCGCUCCUGCGCCCCUGGCUGCGCCGGCGCUGCGUGGUGUGCGAGGCACCCGAGACACACGAAUCCUACGUGUGCCCAACGUCGGGAUGCGAGGCCGUGUACUGCAGGUCCUGCUGGGAUGACAUGCAGUAUCGGUGCCCGGCCUGCACACCCCCAGAGGAGCUCUCCUCCUCCGCUUACAGCGAUAGCAAUGACGACGCUACCUACGCGGAGUGAAGGGACUCGCCCUCGUACCCUGCUUCUCCCUGUCCGAUAAAAUGUCUUGUACGUUUCUGCUGCUCAUGCUUCGCAGGUGCCCUGAGCCCGGCGCUGCUCCGCCCGCAGUUGGCAUACACUUGCUCUGGCGAUCCCAGCAGAACUGGGCGCGGACGGUGAGACCAAGGGCAGCGAAGGAGUUAGGUCUGAGCCCUAGCCCAGCGGGAAGAGCAUAGUGCCCAAGCGGGUCGGACCGGUCCUGGACUCCCACUCUGCGCAGUA